UGGACUUAUAACUCUCUUGUAUUGGGUACUUACACAGAAGUUGGUUUAGUUAUAAACGAAAGUAGGUGUUUCACAAAAUUUCUCAAUGGGGUGGCCUUUAGUGAAGUCUUUGCUGUGGGCUUUACUACUCUUUGUUCAAAUUUAUGAGCAUAGAGCUUGUAUUGAGGAAGAGAGGGUGAGUCUCCUAGAAUUGAAAGCAUUUCUAAAAUCCCACACUAAUCAUACCGAGCCCCUUCUUCCAACAUGGGUUUAUGAGGCAAAGAGUGAGUGUUGUAGUUGGGAGCAGGUCAACUGUAGCACCACCACUGGUCACGUGAUCAAUCUCACUCUCUCCAAUAUACACCACUAUUCUUUUGUGUGGGAGGAGACUUGGUUCCUAAACAUGUCCCUGUUGCAGCCUUUUAAAGAGCUAAGAAGUCUUGAUAUAUCUCACAACAGAAUUGCUGGUUGGUUGGGAAAUGAAGAAUCUGAUUGCUUGUCUAAACUGAGAAAGCUAACACACUUAAAUUUAGCGUGGAACGACUUCGACAAUAAAAUUUUAAGAUUCUUGGGUGCCCUCCCAGUUCUUAAAUCUUUGGAUUUAAGUUUCAAUAGUCUCCGGCCUCUUUCUAGCAAAGAAUCUGAUUUCUUGUCUAAACUGAGAAAGCUAACACACUUAAAUUUAGCGGAGAACGACUUUGACAAUAAAAUUUUAAGAUCCUUAGGUGCCCUCCCAGUUCUUAAAUCUUUGGAUUUAAGUUGGAAUAAUCUCUGGCCUCUUUCUAGCAAAGAACUGGUUUAUCUAAGCAACUUGGAGGUCCUUAUCUUGCAUUAUUGUAGCCUUAAUGGAAGCCUACCAUUCAAGGAUAUGGCAAAUUUCAGCAAUUUGGAAAUUUUAGAUUUGAGUAGAAAUGAUUUCACUGGAAGCAUUACUCCAUAUAUCGGAGCGUUUUCUUCUCUCAAGGCUAUAUCAUUAUCUUAUAAUAGACUCAAUGGAACUUUAGACACUCCAGAGUUUUGUGCGCUGAAGAAACUUGAAGAGAUAGAGCUUGCUGGUAAUGGCUUCGAAGGGAUGCUUCCUCCAUGCCUAAACAAUUUGACAUCUCUUCGGGACUUAGAUAUAUCUAACAACCAGUUUAGUGGAAAUUUGUCUUCAUCUCCAAUAGCCAGCCUGACAUCCCUUGAGCGCAUUGAUCUGAGUUAUAAUCAUUUUGAAGAAUCAUUCUCAUUCAGCUUGUUUGCUAAUCACUCCAAGCUUAAGGUGAUUCAAUUUUUGAGUGAUAACAACAAACUCGACAUAGAGACUGAGAAUCACAGUUGGGACCCUCUGUUUCAAUUAAAGGGCCUAGUACUGUCUAAUUGUAAUCUCAACAAGCUUACUGGCAACUUUCCUAAGUUUCUCUUAGGCCAACAUGAAUUGGAAGUCAUUGAUAUCUCUUACAGUAAAUUGAAUGGAAGCUUCCCCAUAUGGUUGCUUGAAAACAAUACUAGACUACAAAGGUUAACCCUUCAAGGUAACUCUUUCACGGGCGAGUUUCAUUUGCCAUCAAAUCACUACAUGAAUCUUCGUUGGUUGGAUCUCUCAAACAAUCACUUUGAUGGGAAACUUCAAGAAAAUAUCGGAAAGUGGAUUCCAAAAUUAGAACAUCUAAAUUUAUCCCGAAAUGGAUUUGAAGGUAAUUUUCCAUCCUCAAUAGUUGACAUGAGUAAUUUGCUGAUUUUGGACUUGUCCUUUAAUAAUUUUUUUGGAGAGGUACCAAUGGAUUUGGUUGCCAAUUGCACUUUCUUGCGUAUUUUGAGGUUAUCUAAUAAUAACUUUCACGGUGAAAUUUUCUCAAAGCACCUCAACCUAUCCUUAGCUACUUUAGAAUUGCAAAAUAAUAAUUUCACCGGCACUCUUCCAGUGGUACCCCUAAAGAUCUCGUGGGUCCUAAAUAUUAGCAACAACCACAUGACAGGUGCAAUUCCAAUAUGGAUAGUGACCUAUAGUACAACACCAGGAUCGGUUGUUGAUCUGAGUAACAACUUUUUUGAAGGUCAGAUUCCAUGUGGACUACCUUCAUCUAGUAUAAUAAACCUUUCUCAUAACUUGCUUUCAGGAUUGUUACCUUCUUGCUUGAAUCUACGGUAUGUUAGGCACUUGUUAUUGCAAGGGAACAAACUCACAGGGUCAUUACCAAAAGCUAUUCUCAAUUCAUCAUCUCUUGUGACAUUGGACAUUAGAGAUAAUCGCUUUAUCGGCAGCAUCCCUGAUGAAAUUGAUGGACUUUCCAACUUAAAAGUGCUUUCGUUAAGUGGCAAUCAUUUUAGUGGUGUGAUUUCAAAGCAGUUGUGUCGGUUAAAAAGGAUAGGCAUAAUGGAUCUUUCUAAUAACUCUUUUUCAGGGACAAUACCAUAUUGCUUUAACAACAUAUCCUUUGGGAAGCUAGCUGAUGAUACCGAAAAAUCGUCAGUGAGCUACACGGGCUAUUUUCUUUGGAUUGACUCUUUUAUCCUAUCAUAUAACUCUCUUCUAAAUGGGGAUCUUCCAAUUCAAGCGCCAUCUGGGUUAUUCUAUGUACAAGUUAAGAUUGAGAUUGUGACGAAAUAUAGGCUUGAUUUGUACCGGGGUCGCAUCCUUGAUAUGAUGUCUGUAUUGGAUUUGUCAUUAAACAAGCUAAUAGGUGAAAUCCCGCCAAAACUAGGACAGUUAUCUUCCAUUCGUGGACUAAACUUGUCUCAUAAUCACUUGACAGGUCCUAUUCCAAAAACUUUCUCAAAUUUGACUUUGUUAGAGAGCUUAGAUCUUUCUCAUAACAAUUUGAGUGGGGAAAUUCCUUCAACAUUGAUUGAUUUGAACUCCCUGGAAAUUUUCGAUGUGUCUCACAAUAACCUAUCAGGUAAACUUCCAGAUUUUAAAGCACAAUUUGGAACAUUUGAAAAUAGUAGCUAUGAAGGAAAUCCAUUUCUUUGCGGUCCACCACUACAGAAAAGUUGCACUGAGCAAGAUGAGUCACCUCAAUCACCACAAAAAUCUUCAAAGGCAAGUGGGGGAAAACGUUAUGAAGCUGAUCUUCUGUUCUUCUAUGCAAGUUUUUGGGUAUCAUACAUUAUUUUCUUUUUGGGUGUGAUCAGUAUUCUUUAUAUUAAUCCUCAUUGGCGGCAACGAUGCUUUAACUUGGUUGAGGAUCGAAUGUACUGGUGUUACCAUUUUGCUCUAAAUUCUCUAAAGCUGCUAAACCGUACGUGUCAUUAGAUGUACUCUAUUUACAUAGAAAUCGUUGGUGAUAGUAUUGAUAAAUACCUUUGUGUAUGUGUAUGUUUGGUUAUGAAUAAUAGUUAUCAUGCUCUAUUAUGGAGGAGUUCA